GGAAGCCACCUUCAUAUGACCAUAUGGCCUCGCUGGUGGCGUAUGAUGAUUCUGACCCCGAGUCGGAAGCUGACCCUGCCAGAAGUGGGGACGCUGCCGGUCAGAUGAGCGACGUCUCUGGUAUCAGCAGACCUGAGGUGGAGUUUGCAUCUAGCACAGGUGUGACCAAAGAGGGGGCACAGCACACAGGGAACUCUCCUUAUGAAGACCCAGGGAAGCAGCGUCUGCCCCUGGCUCGGCUCUGGAGAAGUGACCCGGGGUCUUGUCCCAGCCAGAGGCUACAGUGGCCCUCAAAGGAACCUGAUAGCACCUUCCCCACCAGUGAGCCUCCUGGUCCUUCUUUGUGGAUGAACCGAGCCCCAGUUGGCCAUGUGCCCCUAGCAGCUGCCUGCUUUAAGCCACUGAAACCUGCCUGGGAUGCCUUCACACCUUCUCACACUCAGAGCAAGCUGGAAAGCACCGCUGGAAAUGCCAGCUCCUCUCAGAGGAAGAGGGGUGAGGCCUGCGUGCUGCCUUACAUCCCCAAGAGACUAAGGCAGCUGCAAGAGCUGAAUCCAGAAGCAGCUGGGGGCAGAGAUGUUGAGCCCCCGGGGUCCCCUGCAGGGUGUGCCCCGGCCCCACUCUGCGUGGCUCCCACAGUGUCCGAGUUCAUCCAGCCAUAUUUGAACAGUCAGUACAGAGAGACUACGGUCCCCAAGAAAGUGCUUUUCCAUCUGCGAGGCCACAGAGGCCCGGUCAACAGCAUUCAGUGGUGUCCGGUCUUCAGUAAGAGCCACAUGCUUCUCUCUGCUUCCAUGGACAAAACCUUCAAGGUGUGGAAUGCUGUGGACUCGGGGCACUGCCUGCAGACCUACUCUGUGCACAGUGAGGCAGUAAGGGCUGCACGGUGGUCUCCCUGUGGCCGGCGCAUCCUCAGUGGCGGCUUUGACUUUGCCCUGCACCUAACAGACCUCGAAACAGGAACCCAAGUAUUUAGUGGUCACAGUGACUUCAGAGUCACCACCUUGAAAUUUCAUCCAAAAGACCACAACGUCUUUUUAUGUGGCGGCUUCAGCUCUGAAAUCAAAGCCUGGGACAUGAGGACUGGCAAGGUGGUGAAAGGCUAUAAGGCCACCAUCCAGCAGACGCUGGACAUUCUCUUCCUCCAAGAAGGCUCUGAGUUCCUUAGCAGUACCGAUGCAUCCACUCGGGACUCUGCUGACCGAACCAUUAUCGCCUGGGAUUUCCGGACCGCCGCCAAGAUCUCCAACCAGAUCUUCCAUGAGCGCUACACCUGCCCCAGCCUCGCCUUGCAUCCCCGGGAGCCUGUGUUUCUGGCCCAAACCAAUGGCAACUACCUGGCUCUCUUCUCCUCCGUGUGGCCCUAUCGGAUGAGCAGACGGCGACGCUAUGAAGGCCACAAGGUGGAAGGCUAUGCGGUGGGCUGUGAGUGCUCCCCAUGCGGUGACCUGCUGGUGACAGGCAGUGCUGAUGGCCGGGUGCUGAUGUUCAGUUUCCGCACUGCCAGCCGGGCGUGCACACUACAAGGGCACACACAGGCCUGCCUUGGCACCACCUACCAUCCUGUGCUGCCUUCCGUCCUCGGGACCUGCUCCUGGGGAGGAGACAUCAAGAUCUGGCACUAACUGACACCUGAGGCCCUGCCCCUGGGUGGGUGGCCAGAGGUUGGGCUGCUCCCCAUGUCUGCUGAGCUGCAGUGACUUGUCUGUAAAGUGGGGGUGAGAAGCCAUCUGAGCGUGCAAGGACUGUUAGUAAAGGCAUUUGCCCAGUGACUGCUGACACCCAAUCAA